CAAAUUCUAGUAGGGAAGGGUGAUGGAGUCUGAAAGGUCCCAGAUAACGCAUGUUGUUCCAAGAGGCAUGGUACCUGAUUGUGUCAUUGUGAUGUACUGAAAAGUACAUUGCUAGCAUUGGGUUCCUCUAGGAUGAAGAAACUUGAAAUAGCAAAGUAAAGCUGAGGCCAAGGUUAAGCCAAGGUUUCAAGGGCUGGAGAAGGCAAAUAGCAUGUAACCUUUGGGUCAGACACUUCCAGUGUGGGAUACAAACGUUGUUAUGACUGGCCAAUGUUCUGCUUUGUUCCAAGAAACAUUACCUGACUAGAUCCACAGUGUAUCAGUUGAUGCCCCUCUGACUGGCACUGCCCUAGAUUCUGUGGUGCAGCUCCUAAAAACAAUCCACUGCUCUAGACUUGGUGCAAUCUAUGAUAUAUUUUGAAGAGUCUGUUCGUGGAUUUGUUUGUGCAAAGCAGCAGCCAUUCCCGGGCCUUCAUCAAGUCCGAAGCCUGCGAAUUCCUGUUUUUGAUGACCCAGUGGAGGACUUGUAUAAAUAUUUUGAACAGUGCAGCAACGCCAUCGAGGACACAGCACGGAGUGGUGGAAAAUGCUUAGUUUAUUGUAAAAAUGGUCGCAGCAGAUCUGCAGCGAUCUGCAUGGCCUAUCUGAUGAGACACCAAAAUCUCACUCUUCAGGAUGCCUUUGAGACUGUGAAGACUGCCAGACCAGGAGUAGAGCCCAACGCAGGAUUUUGGUCUCAGCUGCAGAGAUAUGAAGAACAUUUACAGAUGCAGCAUCCAUUGGGUUAUUCUUCUAAAAAAAAAAUUUCUUCCAAAUAAAUAUAAUUCAGACCAAUGUACUAUACUAUACUAUACUAUACUAUACUAACCAAUGUAGUAUUAUUUUCCCCAAUCCUGUAAACAACCCACAAUGGCAUCAGGUGUGAAUUUUCUCAUUCUCCAUUCAGCUCAUUUAGGUGCUAACUUUAAAGCCUAAUAAAGACUCUCAGAAGUAUUUUCUUGCUGAUCAUUUUAGAAGAUGGAGUGGGGUAGGAGAGCAGCUCACAAGAGGCAGAAUAUGCUGCAGGGGGAAAGGAGCAGAGGGAAGCAAGGAAGAGAAAUGAACAGAGAAGGGGGACAAACAGAAAGGAUAGGAAAGGAAGAAACACGUAGGCUGUGACUACAUUGGCAAGAUUUUGCGCAAAAGCAGCCACUUUUGCACAAAAUCUUGCCACCUGUCUACACUGG